AUGGAUGUUGAUGAUCUAGAGAGGAAGCACUUUAUGAAGACACUAGCUGUCUUUAAAUACUAUCGAUCCUAUGCCCUGAAAAAGGUUUCAGAACAAACAGAAAUAUAUGAGAAACUUUCAGAAAGGCACAAGACCCUCAUCCCUGACUUUCCAGUUGCAUUGGAGAAAAUCAAAAAAUGUGUUGAGAAUAAUGCUUUCUUUAUUAGUCAAAUCCUUCGAAAUGCUAAGCCAGACAUAUUUGAAGGGGAUCAUUUUCUGACACAUCAAAACGAUGCAAUACAAAAUUUUGUCCAGAGUGAUGGUUCGAACUCUCGGUCUGAUUUUGCAAUAACGAGCUCUGAUUUGGACAAAAUUAACUCAGUUUUAAAACAGUUUGUUCGUGAUUGGUCCAAUGUUGGUGCCGAGGAAAGAAAGCAAUCCUACGAACCAGUUCUGGAUGAAAUCAAGAAGUUAUAUUGGUCAUCGGAUAGACAACUCUCGGACAUUCGAAUCCUUGUUCCUGGUGCGGGACUAGGUCGCCUUGCCUGGGAGUUGGCUAAUUGUGGAUUUUCCUGUCAGGGAAACGAGUGGAGUCUCUAUAUGCUUCUACCAGCCUACUUCAUUCUUAAUACCUGCAAAAAAGUGGGCGAGUACACGCUACACCCAUGGGUCACCCAGUUCUGCAAUAAUAUGACUCGUGAAAACCAGACGACUGCAGUCACCGUCCCCGACGUUUUGCCGACAGACAUUCCAGCGGGCGUGCAAUUUUCCAUGGUUGCCGGCGACUUUGUGGAAGUGUACUCGGAGCCUGGAUCAUGGGACUGUGUGGCGACCGUCUACUUUAUCGAUACAGCACACAACAUUCUAGACUAUUUGGACACGAUUUGGAAGAUACUUGUACCUGGCGGUUAUUGGAUUAAUUUUGGUCCCCUCCUCUACCACUUCGCGGAUGUUCCUGGGCAAGACUCAAUUGAACUUAGCUACGAGGAGUUAAGGAAAGCUAUUCAGCUCAUGGGUUUCCAGUUUGUGAAAGAGGAGGUAAAGAUACCCUCAACAUUUACGCAGGACCCAAACUCCAUGCUCCAUUAUCACUAUAAAUGCGUUCUCAAUGUCCUUCGGAAACCUCUUGAUGCAAAAAAAUAG